AUAAAACAAAAUCUGAAAGUUUCAGACUUUCAAAACCCUUUUAUAGGGUUUCUGAUUGGAAGAGAAGGAAUUUGAAUUUCUUGGUAUUUCUGGCAACAAUGGAGGAAGCAAAUAUUGAAACCGGAAAACCCUCGCAAACUCUAAUCGCUUUCCCUCCUCACUGUCGAAGACACCUCAAGAGCGGAACGUACCGUACCUUGGUUCGAAUACUAUCUCACUGCUACGACGAGUCCCAGCAUUCAGCUGCCGAUCAAAAUGUACCUCAAGAACUUGAUCAAGAUAAUGGCAGCAUCGAACCAGUGCAAGCAACUGAAAAAGAAGUGCUGGAGAAUGUUGAAUUGGUUGGUCCUGGCAGUUUGGGGCCUAAGAAUUCGGCAGCUGAAGAAGUCAGAGUGCCUGAUGAGAGUUGUAAUCCUAAUGAUUUUCAGGAACAAUUAGAGCAGAUAGAGAGUAUACUGAACGUGGCAGAAAAUGAGGAUUUUUCAAAACUGAACGAAGUGAUGGACAUCGAAAAUAUCCUUGCAAUUGAUUUUCAAGAUAUGGAUUUCAAUCCUGAGCAGAUUCUGAUGGAUGAGCCAGAGCGGAUGGCGAAAGGAAACGAAGACGACACUCAUAGACCCUCAGCCACCUCAUUGGACCAGAACCAGAGUGGCAGUGAUAAGGUUGCAUUGUUGACUAACCAAGAAGAACAUGAUGCAACAGUGAUAUAUGAAAGUUCGGUUCAAAUGGUUUCUGGAACACUUGAUUCAUCUUUACAUACUGUCGCGGUGGGUGAAAGUUCAAAUCAAAGAGAGUCUAAUGAACAAAAUUCCUUUUUGAUGACUAACAGAUUGGAUGUAGAGCCUAUAAUGCAACAGAAAGCAAUGGAACUAGAGACUUAUGUAUCUUCCGAAGGUGCAAAGGAAUCUUUUAUUCCCAUUACUGAAGUUGGAGCGAUUAAGGAGCCAGAAAACUUUAGUCAAAAGGUCCCUGACUCCUUUGAUUUCUCUUUAAAUAAGGAUAUGGUUGCUGAAGCUUCAAAGCCUACUGAGUAUAGCAAAGACAAAAGUUCUUCACGGGUAAAUAAUGAUUUAGAAGUAGAACAUGAAAUGCAGCAAAAGGAUAAGGAACUGGAGGAAAUAGUUUGCACCAGAACGGCAAUAAGUUCUCCCAGCCAUAUGAGUGAAGAUAUUGAAGAGGGAGAAAUUUCUAGUGACGAUGGGAUGGAUGACAGAUCGAAUGAUGUGCUUUUGCAUGAUACAGUAGUGUUGGAGGAAAAGAAAGUUCCGGAGGUGCAGAUAUUUAAAGAUGUACUUGAUAGAAAAGUGCACUCUUGUACGGUAGCAAAUGACAAAGAUUUUGGCUUCAAUUCCUUUCUGGUGGACAUGGUUGACGAAGGCAAAUUUGAUAGAGGGGCGGAACUCAUAGAAAGUAGUAGAACUGAGAUGAUUCCUAGACUAGGGGUUGUUGAGGGUAAAAAUGUGAAAGCCUUAAAGGUAGAUGACUCUAAUCCAUUGCUAGAGGGUGGAAGAAUUGAAAUGCAAGAUAAUGGAGUGAGGGUGGGUAUUGGAUGUCCAGAAGCCGGACACCAUGGAAUCACAUCUGAAGAAAAGUGGGAUGAUGGUGCCUGUAAUAAAAGAAAGCGUGGUCCUCCGACAAAGGAAAAGAAAGAAAAAAAAAAGGCUAAAGAACGAAAGAAAAGAGCGGAAAAGAACAGGGAACUUGGUGUUAAAAGGCUGAAGCUGCAUCCAAUACAGAAAGCAAAAACUGUAGCAUAUUGCCGCCAUUUUGUGAGGGGAAGGUGCCAUGAGGGUGACAAGUGCAAAUUUUCACAUGAUACAGUGCCUUUAACAAAAUCCAAGCCCUGCGUCCAUUUUGCUCGUCAGUCAUGCAUGAAGGGUGAUGACUGCCAAUACGAUCAUGAGCUCUCCAAGUAUCCCUGUAACAAUUUUAAAGAAAAUGGUUUCUGCAGCAGAGGUGAUCGUUGUAUGUUUUCACACACGAUGCCAUCCAAUGAAGACAGUGCAACUGCUGCUUGUAAACCUGAAUUGAAGCCUCCUAUGGUGCUGAAUAAUUCCAGAUCUCAACAAGCAAACACUGGUGGUGCCUCCCAGCAGAAUGUCCAUGCUUCAGCCUACUCAAUGGGGAUCCAUUCUCGCAAUAAUACUAGACAGAAUGUGACACAGACUGUUUUGAAACAACCUGAACUAGCUAACAAAGGAAUUAGCUUCCCCUCUAUUCCGAAAUCAUCGUUGGUUCAUUCCAGUAUGUCUAAACAAGAAGGCUUAGCCCCAGAUAGGAAUACUGGUGCCAAAGCUGGGAACCAGAUAGAUCAAAGUCCAUUCAGUUCUGUUCAAAAUUCCACCGUGAUUUUAAAGAGAACUCCACCAGUAACCGCUCCUAGAGGAAUAAAUUUUUUAUCAUUUGGCAAGGCUUCACCAGAUGAUGCAAGGGGUAAAAACCAAGUCAGCAGUCAGACAAGCCCAAGUGUGUCAGAGACUGUCAAAAACUUGAAUGGGAUGCUAAAGGCUAAUCAAUCAGCUGCACCGCAGGGAACACACUUUAAUCCUUUCGGGAAAUCUUCGGUGGCUAGUUCUAGUAGUGAGAAACCGGUUAGCUUGCCUUCAUUUUGGAAUAAUGGUAGCAAAAUUGAUUCCUGUGAGAGUCAAAAUACAGCUGAUAAACCUCAAAAUUCAAGCGAAAUCUCAUUGAGGCUGCCACCUUCUCCACUUACUUCAGGUCAAUCUUCAGAUCACAUAGCAUCCAGGUUUUGUAAAGAUACAGCAAAUUCAUUCCAGAGGGGACUCUUUUCUACCCUAGCAUUUGCAGCAAAGUAUAAAACCCAAAACAUGAACCAGUCAUUUGGCUCUAUUGGUGCUCAAGUUGAUAAGGAAACUAGGAAUAACAAUGCAGAAUUGAGUGACAAGAAGGGUCCCCUGCAACCAGAAUCAAGAUUGUUAUUUGUUCAGUUUGGUCAAAUACACCAGAAAAAGUACAAAGCUAUUAGGUGGCAUCUCGCUUGCCCUUUGCCUGCACAUGUAGCAAGUCACUCACUCGUAUAAUUUCAGCAGCUGUCAGCAAGGUACAGUUUGCAAUUUUCUUGUGUACACUAUUGUAAGUAAUAUUUCCUUAUAUGUUCUUUAAGAGGCAGUUGAGUGGCUAACAGGUAAAGGCUAACUUUAAUUCUUUUGUUGUUUUAUUUUAUUUUUCAAAAGGAAUUUAUAGGAAUUUGAUGGCUUCAAUAUAAUGGAUUUUGGUGACUGAGGAUCUUCUUCAUUGAAUGAAUUUCAGCCUGGCUAAACUUUUGUAACUGUAAAUCGAUUAUACUCGAUGGAUACCAAUCUCAUGUGACUGCCAUCUUAACCUUGUUCUUGUCGCUUUCAUGCUCCCGUUUAGCGAAAAACCUAACUUUUUUACUGCCUUGUUAUAUGGAGGACAGAUGUUCUUGAAUACAACAUUUGCAUCCUUGUUUCAGAGUGGAAAUCCAUCCACCUUCGUCUGCUGCUGGAAUCGAUCUUAGGUAUUGGCUUUACUUACCAACUUGCAAUGGAUUACUUUAGGGCUACUCUGAACAUGGUUAGCAGAUUGCAGGUUACUUGUAAUAGCAGGCUUGUUGAGUCAUAUGCCCAUUUGUAUCCUUUAUUGCUUCCUAUUGAGAAGUUUGACAAUUAGAUUGAAAGCCAAAGAUGUCACUACAACAAAAGCUGGGCUGUGAUGCAUUUCCAUUUGCCAAAGAAAGCAUUGGAAUAUUGUUGAAAAGCUUCAGAGAAUUACGGUAUCAAUGCACUGACUUUUCUGCUCUCUGCUAAUAAUCCAAACUAGUCUUGGAUCUGAUGAAGGCUAGAAAGGGUCUACAUGUUGAUGUUGUCUCCAAUCCAGGAGUCAAAUUUACAUUAUUUGUAUGUAUUGUACCACACAAUGAAAUUACAUCUCAUAUCGUACAGGCUUUUCUGCAGUCCAUGUGAAUGAAA